AUGAGCCAAGACACAAAUUCAGAGGCCGAGCGGUCAAUACUGGAGAAGACAAGACUUCACAAAACGCAUGAACUGCUCACAUGCAUCAUCAAAUCACCACCCUUCUCAUACGUCCAUCUGGAACUUCUGACGAACCCUCCCGAUGCUGCUGUUGAGCUCGACAAUCUCCAGGUCAAAUCUUACUGUACGGCUGCUUUACGCCAGUUCCUUGGAUUAACUGGAACUGCAAUUCCUCUCGAUAUGCUCAAAGUCGAGGGAUCAGAAUGCUGGGUUCGAGUGCCCCGAGAAGAUCUCGGCUCCUUUGCCGCGGCGCUUACUGCCUGGAAAGGCACCAGUGAUGAAGGCAUCGAGUCUCUCCUACGAAUCAAGCAGUGCUCUGACUGGCUUGGCGCAAUGGUUGGAAGCCAUGGACAGGAUCGACUGUGGAACAAUUGA